UUAAUGAAUAUUUACUACUGUUAAUUUUACAUCAAGCGAUCAAGGAUGUCACAACUCACAUGUUCGUGCUUGCUAGUGAAUUUGACUGAUUUACCCUCAGUACCUACCUCCAAUCCGCCACCAAUAACGACCCACCACCACCGUUGCCACCAACCACCACCCCCGUCCUAAAAUAACAGAAACAAAUUCAUCAUUCAUUCAUUAAUCAUAAAAGCUCCAUUUCUCAGAUUAAUCGUUAUCUCCUUCUUCCCCGACGACGCCACCCUAAUUAAUUCCGAUGGCGUCUUCCAUAUUUACAAAUAACUCCCUUUCCCUUUCUUUACCCGCCGCCAACAAUCACAAUCAGAAAGCCAUUCCUCGCGAUUUCCUCGUCCGGUUGCCAAAGUCGGCGCCUUUAUCUUCUCCCUGCCAUUUGGAGUUGAAGAGCUCCAGAUUAAAGGUUUCUGCCACUGCCAGCCCAGCUACCCCGGUGAUGGAUCAAUCUUCCACCAAAACCACUUCUGCCCCUCCUCCCACCACGGUUGAGGUUGAUUUGGGUACCCGGAGCUACCCUAUUUAUAUUGGUCCUGGGCUUCUUGAUCAGCCGGACCUUCUCCAGAGGCAUGUCCAUGGGAAGAAAGUCCUAGUCGUAACCAACACGACUGUUGCACCACUAUAUCUAGAUAAAACAAUCAGUGCUUUAACCGCUGGGAACCCUAAUGUUACUGUUGAGAGUGUAAUCCUUCCAGAUGGCGAGAAGUAUAAAGACAUGGAAACCCUCAUGAAAGUUUUUGAUAAAGCAAUUGAGACACGGAUGGAUAGAAAAUGUACAUUUGUUGCCCUUGGUGGUGGAGUGAUAGGUGACAUGUGUGGCUAUGCCGCUGCUUCUUACCUCCGCGGUGUCAAUUUCAUCCAGAUUCCUACAACUGUUAUGGCACAGGUUGAUUCUUCUGUUGGUGGUAAAACUGGAAUAAACCACCGGCUUGGUAAGAAUUUGAUCGGCGCAUUCUACCAACCACAAUGUGUACUGAUUGACACAGACACAUUGAAUACCUUACCUGAUCGGGAACUAGCAUCAGGGCUCGCUGAAGUCAUAAAAUAUGGACUUAUAAGAGAUGCGGAAUUCUUUGAGUGGCAAGAGAAGAACAUGCAAGCCUUGCUUUCAAGGGAUCCUGGUGCUUUUGCUUAUGCUAUCAAGCGGUCAUGUGAGAACAAGGCUGAGGUAGUUUCUCAGGAUGAGAAGGAAAGUGGAUUAAGGGCAACAUUGAACUUGGGUCAUACAUUUGGUCAUGCAAUAGAGACGGGUUUUGGUUAUGGUCAAUGGUUACACGGAGAGGCAGUUGCAGCCGGCACGGUUAUGGCUGUAGACAUGUCUUACCGACUUGGAUGGAUCGAUGAUUCGCUCGUUAAGCGAGUGCAUAUAAUCUUAAAGCAGGCAAACCUACCUACCGCACCUCCUGAAACUAUGACAGUGGAGAUGUUUCAAUCCGUUAUGGCGGUAAGAGGGAUGAAUGCUUAGUUCAGUGUUUUACCAUGAUUCAUACUGGAAUCCAAUUUGAAUUUUUUCUCUCUCUCUCUCUUUUUUUUUUUUGUUGUGUUAUUUACUGGAUGGCUUAGGUUGAUAAAAAGGUUGCGGAUGGGUUGUUGAGACUCAUCCUUUUGAAAGGUCCUCUGGGUAAUUGUGUGUUCACUGGCGACUACGAUAGAAAGGCCCUUGACGAAACAUUACAUGCAUUCUGCAAAUCCUGAAGCUGGCCAAGUUACCUCCACAACCCCCAUUUUUCCGCUAAAUCUUUUGUAUUUAUAUUGUAUUUACAAAUGUAUUAUGUGUAGAUUUUCGCUUAAAAAGAUCCGGGUGCUUAUCUUAUAGGUGAUUCGUAACCCUGUAAUACCAUAUGAUAGAAUGUAAUUCAUAAACCCCACCUCGCCGGAUGGAGAAAUGGGUGUUGUAGAACAAAGGAUUUGCUUUCUUUUGUGAAGUAUCUUCAGUCUCAUCAGACUCUCAGGUCAUAUCCAAUUAGCCAUAGUUUUUUCAUUUUGAUUCAAUGGGGGACAAAUGUGGAGCUCUAGGUAGAUGCUGAAUUCUGACAGGUUCGUGUUUUCAGAUAAUAGUGCGCACUUUCAUUUUGAAGUCCUGGACUCAGAAUCAAACUCGAGAAGCGGAAAACCACUACACAUUGGUGGUUUGGUACUUGGUACCUACUAUAGAAAUGGAGGGAGAAAGAGGAGGGAAACAUUUCAAAGUAUGCGCUUUUUUUUGUCUUUUUUUUUUUCCCCACUGGUAAAAGCAAUACUCUUUUCUUCUCUUCUGAUCUGCAUUUACAAAUUCAGUGUUUGUAGUUUGUACUAGUACAUGCGAACGUGCGUGUAUUUUGAGAUUUUAGAAAGAAGGUAAUAGUAUAAUGAUGGACUGGAAUCACUGCGACUGCUUCUCCUUGUAUUCUUUCUUCUUCUUUUUAGACAGAAGAAAACACUAAUAUAUGGGAACAUGAUGAUUAAAAUAAAUUUGAUUCAUGAUCAAGUUGAGCAACGAUGUUGGACG